AUGGACACCGGGCUUAAGCCUCCCCAGAUCACCCGUCACCGCGCCUCAUCCAUCAGCCUGCGCACUUCUCUUUCCGUCCAAACUCUUGGUCGUCGCCGCUCAACGUCGUGCCUCCAGUCCACCGACUCACAACCGCCCCAGUCCCUCGAGCUCCACCAGCUCGCGCCCCAGCCGCUGCAGACAGAGUCACCCCCACAGCCAGAGCACGUCUCGCCCCCAUCGAUGCUGGUCGUCUUUGCCUCAAAGUUGCUCCAGUGGCUGCAUCUGCCCAGCUCACACACAGCGCAGCAGGCCUGGUCCAGCCCAUCCUCGUCCCCGCGCUCGAGCGUAGAUGUAUACGUUCUCCCUCUCUCAGCCUCAACACAAGAGUCGUUCAAUAUACCCGAGAAGGAUUCGCCUCAGAGUUGGUUUCAUGGCUUCCCCUCAAUCUCUCCUCAAAUUCUCCUUGUCCUCAUCUCGCUGCCGCUAUCCACAGCAGUCGUCCUUUACUGUCUCACCACCCUGCCCAUAUCCAUGUCAUGGCCCCGCACUCUCUCGGAUCUUGCUCAAAUAGGACGCGAACUCCAUGCUUAUUCCCAAAGCGGCCUCUGGCCCCUCCUCCAUGUCCUCUCCGUCAUGGCCAUCUCAGCCAUCUGGAAACACGCUUGGUCUAUCCCAGGAAGCGUCCUAUGGAACGUCCUCGCGGGCGCCCUCUUCUCCCCAGCCUUCGCAACCAUCAUGCUCACAGCGCUCACAACAAUCGGCUCUGUCUGCGCAACCCUUCUUUCCACACCUCUCGCACCUUUCCUCACGUACAUGUUCCCAAGAGCCUUGGAAAUGACCCGAACAGCUCUCGGAGGCGAUGCUGAUUCUGAUCUCGAUGACUCUGCCGAAUCUUCUCAGAAAACCUCGGCGUGGGUCCGUCUCUCAGUACUGCGCUUGGUGGGCGUAGUUCCUUGGUCGGGAAUCAAUAUCGCCUGCGGCGUCUGCGGCGUCUCCAUCGUCGACUGCGUCUUGGGCACAUUCAUUGGCUGUCUCCCAUGGACCGCAGUCACGUGUCAGAUCGGCGACAUCCUUCAGACGGUGGCAAAAACACCUUCCCCAACACCCCAAACUAUUUCAUCACUCAUUGCGACACCCGAAAUCAUCAUCAAGCUCGUUUUCCUCUCUUUCCUCUCUCUUGCCCCCAUCCUUGGCCGCGACUAUCUACGAGCUAUGAUCAGUCCAGCCGCCGUCCGCCCAUUGACAAACGAAGCCCGACAAGCUCGGUGGAAUUGGGUUCAGGAAUGGCGAACAAAGAUCCGCAUCAAUUCCCGCUCACGGACGCGAGAACGGGCCCAAAUGGAAGCUGAACUCAAUGUGCUUGUACAAGAGAAACGACGACUGGAAGACCUCUCAUGA